CCGGCCUUCAGGUACUCCACCGAAGUGAGCCGCUGCGAUUCUUCUUGUGCGGCGAGCUGGUAAAUACGCCCAAGUGGAGGAACCGGAUCCAUGGCGAGAAUCUAGCUUCGAAAGGGAUAAAGAAUGGUUGUGCGGAAGCUGGUUUAGAGCCUAUGCUCUGAUACCAUGUCACAAAAUGAAACAAUGGAAAGCUUGAUAGAGGAGGAUUGAAGUAGAUAAUUGUAUGAUGUACAAUCCUAUUUAUAGUACACAGAGCCUGAAUAAUCUGGGCAAGAAUAUACAAAAAAGAGGAAAAAAUGAUUCCCAAAUAUACAGUAUCAAUUAAAGGGAAUCACAUCAACUAUAUGAUAUCAAUUAGAGCCAAAAGUAUCUCCAUCAAAUCAAUUAUGGGCCACGUUUAUCUCCAACAUCUAGUCUUCUAGAUAAGGUGUUUUGGAACCAGCACGACUUCCGAAAGAGAUAGGUAAGUGAGCGUCCACCAUACAUGUUUCUCCAUGAUCACCCCGGAACGGCAAAGUUUUGAAGAAGUAUAGAAUUACUCACAUUCACCUAGCGCGAGAGGUGCCAGCAGAAGUGUUCGUGAUGAGUGCGUCUAUGGAGGAGACAACAAGGGUAUGUGUCACGGGAGGUUCUGGUUACAUAGGUUCUUGGAUUGUCAAGAGGCUGUUGGAGAGAGGCUACACAGUCCAUGCCACUGUUAGAAACUCAGGUGAUGAGAGAAAAGUGGGGUUCCUCAAGAGUUUUCCUAAUGCAGAGACGGGGUUGGUGUUAUUUGAAGCAGAUCUGUACAAUCCCCAUGAUUUUGAGAAAGCAAUUCGAGGGUGUCAAUAUGUUUUUCAUGUGGCCACCCCAUUGCACCAUGACCCCAGCAGCUCUAAGGGUCAAUGUGACAUGUCUUCUGAUUUUACCGAGCCAUCAACCCACUUCAAUUCAGUUCAAAGAUACAUCCGAGGCAGCCGUUGCUGGAGUAAAGAGCAUUGCGGAGUCCUGCAUCAGAUCGGGGACCGUGAGGCGGCUCAUUUACACUGCUACUGUUAUGGCCGCUUCACCGAUGAAAGACGACGCAAAAUGCUUCGCUGAGGCAAUGGAUGAAUCCUGCUGGACACCCCUCAAUCUUUCAGAUCCUCACAGCAGUGACCAAUUUGUGGAGGACUAUGUUAAAUCGAAGACGCAAUCAGAGAGGGAAUUGCUGAGGUACGAUGGAGUCAUUGAGAUAGUGAGCAUUGCUUUAGGCUUGGUGGGAGGGAGCACAAUUCGGUCUGCCUUGCCCGAUAGCUUAAGAGUGCUCAUUGCACAAGCGACAAAUGACGGAACAUGGUACAGGGUGCUGAGGAUUUUGGAGGAAGUGACGGGCAAAGUCCCCGUGGUGCACAUUGAAGAUGCGUGCGAGGCGCACAUCUUCUGCAUAUCGAAGCAGCGUUCUAUCAGUGGCAGGUUCUUAUGCGCCAGUGACUAUGUGAAGACCGCAGAUAUUGCCCACCAUAUCAAGAAAAGCUUCCCAGAAAUCCAGAUUCCUGAAGAGUUCAUCGAAGACACGGGAAGAGAGAUUGCUUGGGGAUCCUCGAAGCUCGAGGAAAUGGGGUUCAAGUACAAGUAUGAUCUCAAGAUGAUAUUAGAGGAUAGCAUUAAUUGUGCUCGGAUGGCUGGGGAAAUAAACUCCAAUACUUGAAAUUUGGCUUCAAACCGAGCUUUCGUUUGUUUCACGAAAAAAUAAAUUAUUUAAAAAAUAUUUUCCUAAAAGUAAUCGUUUGUAUCGUUUGAAGUAAUUAGUCAAUUGAAAACAUUUUUUUAUCGACAAUAAUUUAUGUCUAAUUAUUAUCGUUGACGAUGAAAAUAUUGUACAUUAAUUUGUUUU